GCUUAUAUUCUUUAUCUGGCAUGGAGAAUCCACAUCAGGAUCCAAACUAUAAUGAAGCAUGGCAUAGAGGUCAACUCUCACCAGAGCAAUUAGCCGGAUUGGACACUGAGCAUCUUGAAAGAUAUAAACUUCAUCAAGAAUAUCUGGAAGAACACAAAGGUCAUGAUUCGCGUCACGAGUUAAUGGCAUUCAUUCUCCUGUUUGCCUUGUUCGCUUUCCAAUUCUUGAUUCUCUACUGGAAAAAGAAGCACUUUUCUUCUUUCCAGCUCGUCAGUUUGGUCUGUCUGUACACAUUCCCUGUUCUGUUUGGUAUCUAUGAUGGAUGGUAUAGAUUCUUGACUGUGUGGACUAUAUUCUCUGCUUUGAAUGGUUUUGUUAUUCACAAGGCAACACGUAAACCCCUUGAGGCUAUGACACCUCGUAUGGUUUACAAGUGGUACACUGUUCUUCACAACACAUCAUUUGUUAUCGGCCUUAUUGGUUAUUUCCUUAUUUUGGCUGUAUUCUGUGGUUUGGCUGCAUUAUUCACUGAAGGACCUGGUGUAAUGCAAACAGGAAUUUUGAUGCUGAGCUAUGGUCUUUACUUUGGUGUUUUGGGACGUGACUUUGUUGAGAUUUGCACUGAUCGAAUGGCGGCAACCAUUGGGUACUACUCCAAAGAUGGUCUCCCUCAGAAACAUUUGAGUGCACACAUUUGUGCUGUUUGUGGACAACCGACAUCAGAUGAUACCGGAACCUUGGUCGAUCCGCCUCAGAGAGCUGUCUUUGCAGAUGAUCCGGUUCACCAGUUGGCAUGCCAACAUGUGUUUCAUGAAAAGUGUAUUCGUGGCUGGUGCCUGAUUGGCAAGAGAGACAUUUGUCCUUAUUGUAAAGAAAAGGUUGAUCUGAAGCAAUUCAAAAAGAACCCAUGGGAUACUCAACAACAGCUUUAUCUCAACCUUCUUGACGGUGUUCGUUACCUGGUGGUCUGGCAGCCUAUCAUCUUUGGUGCUGUGCAGCUUUUCUAUUAUAUCCUUGGCUUAGAUUAGAGCGUCUGUUUCUGUGUGUUUUUGUGCCUGUUUUGUUCUUUCUUUCUUUUAUACUACUUAUAAUAAUUUAAUCUACACAACACAAG